CACAUGUGUAUUUGAAGGAUAACCUCAAAACGCUGCAUGUUAUUUAAUUUUGUUAAAAAUAAAUGUUAUUUUAUUACACGUUAAUGUUUUAGAGUAACUAUGGAAGUUGAAGGACAUCCAGGUCUUAUUAAGACCAUUGCUGAUGAUGAAGAAGUGGAUAAUUUUUCUGAAGAAUCGGAUGAAGAAAUCGAGUACCAACCAUCAAAACAAAAAGUGAAAAGGAAAGUCGAUUUCGAUCCAAAAUUUCAGUUUGUUGGAUCCGUAGAAGAAUAUAACAAGAAUACAUGGGACGACUUACACAAGUAUGUCAAGAGGAAUGUGAAGCACACAAUAGAUGAAAAGAUUGAGAGGCGGAGAGCACAAGUCAAGGUGAACGGCAAUGCUGAUGCUGUUGACACAGACUCUGAUAUUGAUGCUAAAGAGGGCGAUGUAGACGAACUAGAAAUAUCUGACGAUGAACUCAAAAGGGAUGAAAUCAAAAUAAAAGAGAAGAAACUUACAAAGAAGCAAAAGUUAAAACAGGAAUUGGACGAAGACGCUGAAGGUGGUACCAGAAUAGAAUACGACUCGGAUUUCUUUGAAGAACCACCGCCUUAUGAUGAUAAUGCUUCGUUCUAUAUGAUGAACUUGUCGAGGCCACUGUUGAAAGCUAUCGGGACACUCAAUUUCGUCCACCCUACGCCUAUACAAGCUGCUACCAUACCUAUUGCUCUGUUAGGCAAAGACAUAUGUGCGUGUGCAGCCACUGGCACGGGCAAGACGGCGGCGUACAUGCUGCCUAUCCUGGAACGCCUGCUGUACAAGGCGGCGGGCGGUGACCGCGUCACUAGAGUAUUAGUACUAGUUCCCACUAGGGAGCUGGGAGCACAGGUUCACGCAGUGACACGACAACUCGCGCAAUUCACACAAGUAACGGUUGGACUCUCUGUGGGUGGACUCGACGUCAAAUAUCAGGAAAGCGUACUGCGAAGGAACCCAGACAUAGUGAUAGCGACGCCGGGGCGGCUCAUAGACCACAUCCGCAACACGCCUUCCUUCAGUCUCCACUCCAUUGAAGUGCUGGUGCUAGAUGAGGCUGACAGGAUGCUAGACGAAUACUUCGCUGAACAAAUGAAGGAGAUCAUCCGACAAUGUUCGCCAAAGCGCCAAAGUCUGCUAUUCUCUGCCACCAUGAGUGAAGAGGUGCAGGCCCUUGCUGCCGUCUCAUUGAAGAAGCCGGUCAAGUUAUUCGUGGAUUCUAAUAAGGAUGUCGCUUUUAACUUAAGGCAGGAGUUUGUAAGAAUCCGCAAAGAGCGCGAGUCGGACCGCGAGGCGCUGCUAGCGGCACUAGUGUGCCGCACGUUCCGCGACCGCGCCGUCGUGUUCGUGCAGACCAAGAAGCAGGCGCAUCGGCUGCACGUGGCUCUAGGGCUUCUAGGAGUCAAGGUAGCCGAACUACACGGAGCCCUAACCCAACCCCAACGUCUAGACUCGCUGAAGCGUUUCAAAGACGAGUUAGUGGACGUAUUAGUAGCCACUGACGUCGCGGCGAGAGGUCUAGACAUUCCCGGCGUCAAGACCGUGCUCAACUUCACGCUGCCCGCCACGCUCGAGCAUUAUAUCCACAGGGUGGGCAGAACGGCCAGAGCGGGCCGCGCCGGUGUGUCAGUAUCUCUAGCGGGCGAGGGCGAGCGAAACCUGGUGAAGGCCAUAGUGAAGCGCGCCAAGAAGCCGGUCAAGUCGCGCCAAGUGCCCCACGACAUCGUCGCCAAGUACAGGGACAAGCUGGCCAAAUUGGAGCCCGAGAUAACCGCAAUCCUCGACGAAGAAUAUGCCGAAAAACAGCUCAACAAAAUGGAGAAACAGACUUCCAAGUUGGAAGGCAAGCUGGCCAAAGAGGAGGGACCCAAGUACGAGACCACGAGGCAACACGAGUGGUUCCAAACUCCUAAAGAGAAGAGAGAAGAGAAGGAACGAUUGGCACUCACUAAGCACCCGGGUAAAACUGCAGACAAACAGAAAGGCAAAGGCAAGAAGCGCAAGCGCGACGAUUCGGACGACGAGCCCGAAGUUACCCCCAAGAAGAAGCGACAGACCAAACACAAGCCCAAGGACACGCCUGAAGAGCGCGUGCAGAGAGAAAUGGAGAAGGUCGCACUCCUCCAAUCUCGCAUGGCGAAACGCAAGAAGAAGACCCGCCGCAUCCGAGCCGUAGACGAUGACGACGACCGACCGGCGCCGGCGCACAGCAAAAAACAAAACAAGAAACGCAGCAAUUUCGCCAACGACCUAACAGACACCUCGCGCGCCACCACCAAGCGCCUCCGAUACGAUGCUAAUGUCAUUCAGAAGGGCAAAGGACCACAGGCCAAAAAGUUCGGCAAGAAACCCAAGGGACCCGCCAAAGGACCCAAAGGACCCGGCAAACCCGCGAAUGUUAAGGCGAAAAAGGUGUUCGGAAAACCUAAAGGGGGACGCGGCAAAAAUAAAUGAAUUUAUGUGCCUUA